UACAUCGGGUCUCAUUAUCCUCCAUCCCAUCAAUCCUCCAACCCGUCAAUCCACCAACCCAUCAAUCAAUCAACCAACCCGUCAAUCAAUCAACCAUCUGUCCAUGGCCGGUCUGUGCUCCCUUCUGCUCUCGCUUGUAUCCCUCAUCGCCGUCCGUGGCGCAAUCGGGAUGCACUUGCACAUCCGUGCCGACAACUCUGUGCCCCAGAGCAUCGUCAAUACCAUCAGCUCGUAUACACCGUUUGCAGCAAUGACCUACUGCUCCAACACGUCUAUCGCCGAAUGGAAGUCGGCCUUGCCCAACCCAGUCCGUGUCUCUGACACUCAGCAGUGGUAUAUCGAGGAAACCGGAUCGAGGGGCUACGUCACCUACGACAUGGACCACAACCAGGUCGUCGUCGCCUUUCGCGGGACGACAGAGAUCAAGUCGUGGGUGCUGGACUCUGAAUUCGUCCCCGAGUCGAUCGGUCAAGAUACGAGCGGCAAUGUCGUCAAGGUCCACGACGGUUUUCUCGUGACCUAUCGGUCGUCACAGGCUAUAAUGAUAUCCCAGAUCACCGAUGUUCUCUGCAAGCACCCCGGAGCUUCUCUUGUGAUCGUCGGCCAUUCGCUGGGAGCAGCCCUUGCCACCUUUGUCAUCUUGGAUGGCUUCGGUGAUCCAUCCAAGGUCUCUGCUUCCCAAUUCCUCAAGUCGCGCAUCGAUCCCUCCCACGUCACGGUCUAUACUUUCGGAUCCCCUCGGGUCGGCAACCUGGCAUUCAGAAACCUGGUCGAGUCGUUCGGGGUCCGAUUUUACCGCUCGGUCAACUACAACGACGUCGUGCCUCAUCUGCCCCCAGAAUCUCUCCAGUACGUCCAUGUGCGAACAGAGUACUGGAUCAAUGCAAACUUUGAGCUCGUCACCUGCAACGACAUCACCAACGGCGAAGACACCGAUUGCGCCAACUCGCUUAAUAUCUCGGCCCUCUUGCUUCAAGGCGACUGGAGCAUCCCCCAUGACCACUUUUUCAACUUUGACAUCACCUCGGGCUUUUGCGUUUGAGCACGUCCGACAGCUGGAUCGAGUGCCCCGCCGCUUAUUCACCAUCGAAGGGAAGUGAGACCCCCUCGACACUCCCCUUCAAAAUCAACAUCAAACAGUAACGCCUACGCUUCCAUCAAGAGCGUGUGUGUCUCAAAUACCAUUCCGGGCACGUAGUUUCUGAAUCAUCAAUUCCAAACGAGCGCAUCCAAACCAAUACACAUCAGUUCUCCCC